AUCUUCAAUGGCGGAUUUCGACGACGGCGACCAUCAAAAACACGGCCGUUACCUCCACCACCUUCUCGAAGAUGCUUCGACGGACGGCGAUGAAGGCAGCGGUGGUCCUACUCGUCGUUGCCGUGGCCGUCCGCCGGGAUCCAAAAACAAACCUAAGCCGCCAGUCAUCCUCACUCGUGAAAGCCCUAAUGCACUCCGGUCUCACGUUCUCGAGGUCUCCGCCGGCGCCGAUAUCGUCGAUAGUCUCUCCGUCUUCGCUCGCCGGAGAGGAAGAGGUGUUUCUGUUCUGAGUGGUACCGGGAACGUCGCUGACGUCACUUUACGUCAGCCGGCGGAUCCUUCUGGAAACGCGGUGACGCUUCAUGGAAGGUUCGAGAUACUUACGAUUUCCGGCACUGUGCUUCCGCCACCGGCGCCACCAAAUGCUGGUGGUUUGUCGAUUUUUUUGGCCGGCGGGCAGGGACAGGUGGUCGGAGGGAUUCCGGUUGGUCCGUUGAUGGCGUCCAGUCCGGUGGUGCUUAUGGCGGCGUCUUUUGCGAAUGCGGUGUUUGAGAGACUUCCGGUGGAGGAGGAUGUGGAGGAAGACGGUGGUAGCGGAGCACAAGUACAACCGGCGGCUUCACAGUGUUCGGAAGUAACAAGCGGCGGCGGCGGAGGAAGUGGCGUAUCUUUGUUUAACACGGUGGCCGCCGGGAAUAACAAUGGCGGUUCCGAUUACCCAUAUUCCGGUGAUGUAAUGGGCUGGGGAUCGAAUGCAAGAACUCCUUAUUAGUAUUUUCAAGAAAAUUUAAUAAAAAUUC